AUGCGGUGUCAGCAUGUUGGAUUGAGGCGCAGAGAUAACGACAGGAGAAGGCUGUGUUCUUCGCGUUGGAACAUAUCCCUAAUGCCGCAACCUCGCGGUCGACCAUCGGGACAUCGCAGCCUUUCACUCAAACCCCCCCCCUUCCCCUAUCAUGUUUUCUCGACGCAAGGCUAUGGACGCUGGUAAGCGUCCUGCGUUUCACGAAGGCCACGCAUCGCCAUUGAUUCAGAUUCUCGCAUGGCUAUUCCUUGCCUUCUCGAUACUAGCAGUCGUAGCGCAAUUUGCGACGAAGAAAGCCAUGUCCAAGCGUCUUGUCAAAGCCGACUUUGUGCUACUAGUGGCUUUGGUCUUCGCAGCAGGACAGACAGCGACUCUCCUCAGUCCAGCGGGUCAGCCGAUUGGGAAUCUACAAUCUGGCCUCGAACCGGAUCAAAUUAAUGGGGCCUGGAAGGCUCUGUUCAGCAGCGAGAUCCUGAGCAUCCUUGCAAUCGUCGCCGCCAAGAGCUCUUUACUCGUCUCACUGGCGUCAGUGACGCCUAUCGACACACACUGGAGGAUGAUGCGCGUUACAGGUGUUCUGACGGUGCUAUGGGGGUUGAGCGCCGUUUUCCUUAUUGCAUUCCAAUGCCCGUCUCCGCAAAGAUGGGAUAUCACGAACCCGAGGUGUAUGGAUCUGUGCGCCGUACGCACCUAUAAUGCUGUCAUGAACAUCGCGACCGACCUUGCGCUCGCAGGUGUACCGACACUGAUGGUACUACCUCUCCAAAUCACACCCGAAAAACGUUUCACACUCAUCACAGGCUUCUGGUCUCGCAUAGUCGUCGUCUUUGCCUCAGCCGCCCAGAUCGCAUACAUCCGCAGCCUACCCCCAAACAGCGAUCUUCUCCACUCAAUAUGGCAAAUCGUCGUCUGCGGACAAAUCGUACAAGUGGCCAGCAUAAUGACCUCGACCAUCCCCUUCCUGAAGCCUUUUAUGAUGAGUCUCGACUCUGGUCUGCUUAGCGCACAACAUGCGGGUGUUGCUACGACGUCGGGUUACACAUCCGCGGGUGUUACAGGGCAUCUGUCGAGUUACAUCAAGAUUGGUAGUCAACAGAAUCGCAGUCCGUCUGUUGUGAGGAGAGACAAGGACGUCGAUAUCUGGGUGCGGAAGGAGAUUGUGGUGAAGAGAGAGCCGAGUAUCGAGUUACGUGAUAUUGGCAAGAGUAGAUAACAUCGAAACGCCGACGAAGAUCCACAAAGUCAUACCCGUCUUUAGCUUCCCCGUUGUGUUGGGCUUUCCUCUGAAAGCAGUACCAGAGCCUCGUACUCUCUCGACUGCGUCACGCGAUGUGUUGCCCCCGGGCCACUAUCCAUUGCGCGCAAGGCGCACCUUCCAUUCACCUUCACUCACGCACUCUGCG